GCCAUGUUGUCCCGGAGUUGCUGGGCUUUGCUGUUUCUCUGUGCUGCUGCUGGGUUUUUUGGGUGGCUGGGCCUCGGCACCCCCCCAGAGGAGUUGGGGACUCCCCCGGAGCUGGGGAUCCCCCCCCACAUCCCCUUCGAGAUGAUCACGGGUGACGAGCGGUUCCAGGCUGAAGCCACGAGCUGCGAGCUGUCACCUCUGGACUCCUGCCACUGUCAGGUCAUGGUGCGGCUCCGCUCGCCCUGUGCUGACCUGAGUGAGGAGGAGGAGGAGGACGCAGCCAAGCUGGGGGUGGACUUGGUCAACUGCCCGGCCAGCGCCGAGGGUCUCCGGACGUACCCCUGCAUGCCAGACACGGUAAAGUGCCAGGACAGGGCACCCCAAAUCCUAUUUUCUCCAAUUCCACCCCAAAUCCAAUGCCAUUUGCCACCCCCCCAAAUCCCAAACUUUGCAGCCGCAGAGCCCGAGCUGCACCCAGCCGCCUCUACUCAGCCCCUCAUCCUCAUUUUGGGGUAAAAC